ACGUAAGGCCGUCGUCAGUGGCUGACGCUUCGUCCCUUUGUUGGCUUAGCAGUGGCGACGUUUUGUUGUUAUUUUUCGCUGCCGUUGAAAAACAGGCUCCGGUAUUUUUGAUUCUCGCAUUGUUCCGCAAUCAACACCUAAGAGUUCAGACCGUUAGGUGUGCCCCUCACAAGCUGCUAAACAACCCAGGAAUGGACUCAGACGAGGGUUUUAACUAUGAUGAAUACGACGAAGAAGACGAAUGUAGCGAGGUCAGCGGCGAGGAGCCCGACGACACCCUGGAUCUCGGGGAUGUGGAGUUGGUCGAUCCUGUGGUGGCCGGCGGGGAGCGAGACGAGAGCGGAGAGACCGGUGUAGGUGGCCACGGCCCUGGCGAGGACGAGGAAGAGGACUACCGCUUCGAGGUUUUGACUGCCGAGCAAAUCCUCCAGCAUAUGGUGGAGUGUAUCAGGGAGGUCAACGAGGUCAUCCAGAACCCUGCUACAAUAACUCGCAUCCUUCUCAGUCACUUUAACUGGGAUAAAGAAAAACUUAUGGAAAGAUAUUUUGAUGGCAAUCUGGACAAGCUCUUUUCUGAGUGUCAUGUCAUCAACCCAAGCAAGAAGCCUCGCAUCCGUCCUCCAAUUAACACUAGAUCAUCUGCACAAGACAUGCCAUGUCAGAUCUGCUACCUGAAUUUCCCCAACUCUUACUUUACAGGCCUGGAGUGUGGACACAAAUUCUGUAUGCAGUGCUGGGGAGAUUAUUUGACCACCAAAAUCAUAGAAGAAGGAAUGGGACAGACCAUUUCCUGUCCUGCUCAUAGUUGUGACAUUUUGGUUGAUGACAACACAGUCAUGCGCCUCAUAACAGAUUCAAAAGUGAAGUUGAAGUACCAGCAUUUAAUUACAAAUAGUUUUGUUGAGUGCAAUCGACUAUUAAAGUGGUGUCCUGCACCAGACUGCCAUCAUGUUGUUAAAGUCCAGUACCCAGAUGCCAAGCCAGUGAGAUGCAAAUGUGGCCGUCAGUUCUGCUUCAACUGUGGGGAGAACUGGCAUGACCCUGUGAAGUGUAAAUGGCUGAGAAAAUGGAUAAAGAAGUGUGAUGAUGACAGUGAAACUUCAAACUGGAUUGCAGCAAAUACCAAGGAGUGUCCAAAAUGCCAUGUGACUAUCGAGAAAGACGGAGGCUGCAAUCACAUGGUUUGUCGGAACCAAAACUGUAAAGCGGAGUUCUGUUGGGUGUGCCUGGGACCAUGGGAACCUCAUGGUUCAGCGUGGUACAACUGCAACCGCUACAACGAGGAUGAUGCCAAGGCAGCCAGAGAUGCUCAAGAGCGAUCCCGGGCAGCCUUGCAGAGGUACCUGUUCUACUGCAACCGCUACAUGAACCACAUGCAGAGUCUGCGCUUCGAGCACAAGCUCUACGCUCAGGUCAAGCAGAAGAUGGAGGAGAUGCAGCAGCACAACAUGUCCUGGAUCGAAGUGCAGUUCCUGAAGAAGGCCGUGGACGUGCUGUGCCAGUGCCGCUCCACGCUCAUGUUUACUUACGUCUUUGCCUUCUACCUCAAGAAGAACAACCAGUCCAUUAUUUUUGAGAACAACCAGGCAGACCUAGAAAAUGCCACCGAGGUGCUGUCUGGCUACCUAGAGCGGGACAUUUCCCAGGAUUCUUUGCAGGACAUCAAGCAAAAAGUUCAAGAUAAGUACAGAUACUGUGAGAGCAGGCGAAGAGUGCUGCUUCAGCAUGUGCAUGAAGGCUAUGAGAAGGACCUGUGGGAGUACAUUGAGGAUUGAGGACACGUCCCAGUGCAACAGACUAUUGAGUAUCUUGACAUACUAGAGCGCUGAUGCAAUUAAACAGGGCAGCACGGGCCUUCUGCCGUCUCCUUCAGAAAAACCAACCACUUUUUGCAUCGUUUUUGUUUUCCUGAAUUUGUUUAACAAAAAAUCUUCAAAGUACAUUAUAUUUAAAUAAAUUGUAGAGUAAUAAAAAGAAAGUGUACUACAGUAUUGUUAGCAACAGAGUGGAGUCUUGAGAAAGCAGAAAAAUCCAUCUUAAACAAAUACAUCCUUUUGGCUUGUAUUGUAACCCCUCCCUUUAUUAUUAUCUUUUAUUUUAUUUUUUUGUUUGUUUGUUUGUUUGUUGCAUUUCCCACCCCCUUUUUUUUUCUUUUUCUUUUUGAUUGUGAAUUUUCCUGUUUGGAUUUUGACUUAUGCUUUCCCAUUAGUGUGAAACAAUUGAAUACAGCUUUAAUUGUCCUGGCCAUGUCUGCAGCGUGUUAAGGUCGUCAUCUGGACGGGGAGGGGGGAGAAAUAUUGAUUGCAAAAAGGGCAACGACAUUUCAGGGGAAAAAAGAACAAAAUAGCAAGUCUGUAUUUUUCAAUUUGUAAAUAGUCCAUAUGCAUGGAAGUUAAGAGCAAGAGUGGCACGUGUCUGCAUCAUUUUUGAAAUAUUUAUUCUUUACUUAUAUCGGGGAAAGGUGUACUUUCAAAAAAAUAAAUAAAAGAAGUAGGUCGAGUCCAUCCAUAAACUUGGAGUUUGAAAGUGUUGGCAUUAAGACGUUCAUCUUCAGUCUCCGAAGAUCAGUUAUCCGUAACUUUUAAUGGAGAUCUGGACAAAGUUCUUAGUUGUCAUGGGAACAGCUAAAAGACUGAAAGUACACCGAGACCAGGAAAAGGGUUUACACGUCGAAGGCGAGAUCGAUCGCACCGGCAUAUGUCCCUCUAACCUGUUGCCACAUCCUUAGUUAUUUUUUAGAGGUAUUUAACAACUUUAAUUAUUUGCGAGAGCCAAACUGAGUGACAUUCACUCUUUUUUGUUUUUGUUUGUUUUAUCUUUUCCUCUCUUCUUGCGUGGCUUGGGGUAGCCCUCUUGAAGCUGACAUUGCACCUUGGGAUUUGAAUGAGGGCAAUAGAAUGUACUGACGGCACAGCUUUUGUUCUGUUAAGGGUCGGGCACAACUCUUACCGGGGAGGAGGGGGGUGCUUGGAUGGCCACGCCCCCAAAAAGCGACGUCUUCUUCCUUGCAGUGAGACUACAGUGCUUUAACAAAAAAAAAAACAACAAAAAAACUUGACUUUUGUGAUCAGUUACAGGGCAAACCUCUUAACGUUGUAGGGGUGUUGUUUUGUAAUGUUUUGCAUAAAGUUUAUGCAAAAACAUAAUUUCAUUACAUGGGUUGAGGCUUCAGUGUGGAGACGUUAGCACCCCUCCAGGUUUUGGACCGUUCUGUUUGGUGGUUGCUGUAGUUGUGGAGCUCUCCGGCUUGUAAAACGCUUGUACACAAAGGCUGGCUGGAAGGGGGGGUCUCACUAAAUAAGGCACUGAUGCAAGUAGGAACCCUUUUGCCCUGGUUUGCAGAACUUUUGGGGAAUUCUCCCCCAAAUGCUUCAUAUGUGUUCCAACCUAUUAUUUUAUCCUAGGAAUUUAUAAACUGUACUGUUUAUUUGAAUAAAUGUCAUGAGAAAUCA